AGCCUGACAGGGGAUUGGCUGUUAGGAGAAUGCCACUUCGCGUCGGCUAUAAAGUCGCGCGCACAGUCUGGCGGCCUGAAAGUGCUGAGCUGUUUAAAGCGGGAGAGGAUCCCUGGAACUACGGAGAGGGUUUACCUCAGUUCGUCUUCCUACUACUCCGUGCGACCAUCCCUCAGUCCAGCCAUGAACUCCCAGGGUCCCCUGCACCUGCCCACCCCUCUGAGGGAGAGCCUGCCCCUGUCUCGCCUGGCGGGGACCCCCAUAUACCUGAAGCUGGACUCCUCCCAGCCCACCGGCUCCUUCAAGAUACGCGGCAUCGGACACCUCUGCAAGACGUGGGCUGAACGAGGCUGUGAACGAUUCGUCUGCUGCUCAGGGGGCAAUGCUGGCAUGGCUGCCGCCUACUCCGCCCGCCGCCUCGGGGUGCCCGCCACGAUCGUGGUCCCCGUGGUGACCCCGAGUUUCACCGUGCAGAGGCUGAAGGACGAGGGGGCCACUGUGCUGGUGCACGGAAAGGAGCUGAAGGAGAGCAUAGAAUACGGUCAGCAGCUGGUGGCCAACAACGCUGGCUGGGUGUUCAUCUCCCCCUACGACAACCCCCUCAUCUGGGAGGGUCAUACGUCUCUGGUGAGGGAGUUGGAGGCGGAGCUGGAGGUGAAGCCGGGGGCGGUGGUCCUGUCUGUGGGGGGCGGGGGCCUCCUGUGCGGGGUGGUGGAGGGGCUUCGCCGCGCCGGCUGGGGGGACGUCCCCAUCGUCGCCAUGGAGACCGUGGGGGCGCACAGCCUGAAUGCUGCCAUGGAGAAAGGGGAGCUGGUCACGCUGCCCAAAAUCACCAGCGUUGCGACCACCCUGGGGCUGAACUGUGUCGCCGCUCAGACGCUGAAGCUCGCCCAGGAGCAUGCCGUCUUCUCCCAGCUGGUGACCGACCAGGAGGCUGUGAUGGCCGUGGAGCACUUCAUGGACGAUGAGAAGAUCCUGGUGGAGCCUGCGUGUGGCGCCGCCCUAGCGGCCGUUUACAGUAAUGUCCUGAGCCGGCUGCAGAAGGAGGGCAAGCUGGGGCGGGACCUGGGCCCGGUGGUGGUGGUGGUCUGUGGGGGGAACAACAUCAGUCUGGCGCAGCUACACAAGCUGAAGGUGCAGCUGGAAAUGUCCUGCUGAACAACGCCAAAACCCCCCCCCCCCCAACUGGAACCAGAUGCUAAGGAUGUCCGAAUCGAGAGCAACAAACCCCCGCCCACCCACUGCCCAACCCCCCCAUGUCAAAUCAUUCCAGACUGUGACCGAUUCACAUCCAGUUCCUGGUCUCUCGAAACCGACAUACAGACCAUCUGUGAUCCCUGUGCAGGUGGAUACCCACACAGUUAUGACCACAGCUUUAACUGUAUCUCUGGUUAGGACUACAAAAGACUCUUCAGUAGUGGCAGAGUUCCACGGGUACUGUGUGGCGUCAUAGGUUAGUUUCCCUGGAAACCUGCGGUUUUAUGAAUAUAAAUAUUUGCGUGUCUGCUCGUGCCAUGUGUUUGUGUGAAAUGUAGCAAUGUAUGAAUUUGGAUUCAGCACUUUUGUACAUCUUUUUUAAAAAUUAAAUUGUUGGUUUUUUUU